GCCAAGGAGUGAUGCUCAUGGCAGAAAACGUGGAUCAGGGGGGCACAUCUCCAGAGAAGACACAUUUUCAGCUUGCUUGAACAGACUCACUCGAGAAAAGUGAGAGCGUGCGAAUCACGUCCAGAACAGAAGAACAGACAGCCCGCGUCAGAAUGUCCUCAGACCCGCCACUUCAGACCCUCUGUGCCAGCUUGAGUGUGUGGUCUUCAGGUUCUGAUGAAGAAAGCACCUCUGAAGAUGAAGAGGACAUUGAGUGUCAAGUGCUGGAGAAGCAGAGGAACGAGGCCACCAAAAAGCUGUUGGAGAUCGAGCAGGUGUCUGCCCAGCUCCUGAAGGAAAUGGAUGCGCUGGACAUACAGUUCCAGAUCGAGCGCUCGUGUCGGGAAAGCGCUGAGGCGUUCGCAGUGAAGAUGACGAAGGAGAACAAAGUCCUGAAGCGAAGAAGCCAGGCCCUGCUGCCGUUGAUCCCGGAGGCGCCUGAAAACCGGGACGCUCUGAAGUUUGACCUUGAGAACGACCUUGGGCUGGAAGAGGACUCUGACAGCAGUGUGGUAUCUGUUCUGCAGUGGCAGUCCCAGCUAAGAGACUUGCAGAGUUCUCUGGACCAGCUUCUUGGUGAGAAGAUGCAGCUGUCUGAACAGCUGGAGGCAAUGAAGAGAGAGCAGGCUGAGCUCAAAGAGCAGCUAGCCGCGGAGAAGGCAGAGAACGAGGCCUUGCUACGGAAGUUCAAUAAGCAGAGCCGAACGAUGAAGAAAGUGAAAAGAGUGUCCCAGCGUGCCACUCAGGAGUUCACUGACAUGACCCAGAGACUUGUGCUCGAGAAGGGCCUUCGCCAGCACGCUGAGUCCUUCGCCCACCAGAUGCUGUUGAAGCAGAGAGAGGCCCAGAGGCAGAGUGUGAUCCUGAUGCAGAACUCAGACACUGCACCCCAGCUCCAGCAGGCCCUGGAGCAGGUGGCCAAUAUCAGCACUGCCCUGGAGGACAUACGCCUUCAGCAUCAGAACCAGGUGCAGCAGACGCAGGCCGCCAUGGAGGAGACCAACACGCUGUCGGAGCUGGAGGCCGUCAGAGCCCAGCUGGAGAGGAGCGAGGAGCGGAGGGAGGCGACGGAGACGCAGCUGAGCCAAUCACAGCGCGCCGUCACCGACCUGCAGGAGGAGGUGAAACAGCUGCAGGACAGGCUGAAAGAAAUGGAGGAGAGCCCGCCCUCUCGAAUGGACCAAUCGCAGGAAGAAGGCUCAGUCCCCACUGCACCCCCCCCUCCUCCGCCUCCUCCACCUCCACCACCUCCUCCACCUUCAGCUGCGGUCGACCCACUGGAGGCUCUGAGAAAAAGAAAGAAGUGUGCGGCCGACAGCACAAGCACCACCAACGGGCAACCGCCUUCUGACAUGAAGGCCAGAGCAGUGGACGAAAUGAUGGAGCGCAUCAAGAAGGGCAUCGUGCUGAGGCCCACCCAGAGACCACAGCAGGUAGGGCCAGAGGAUCACAGUGCCUGGGGGGAUUCUGAGAAAAGGAAGUCUGCAGUAUUUGAAUUGCAAGGAAUGCUGGAGUCUGUGAAGCGAACGGGCCUCAGGAGGGGGAUGUCUCGAAAGAGGAUCAGCCGUCACGUUGGGGAGGUGGAGCUGCAGGCCGUCCUGCAGAGGAGGAGGAGAGCCAUGGGGGAUGAGCAGGGGGGUCUGACUCAACCCAAAACCUUCCCAGGCCCAUCGGUGAGCCCCGCUAACAGCACUGUGCCCUGGGCAGGGGAGGGCGGCGCCCCCGUUCUGCGGAGGCUGAAGCAGAACCGAGAGCAGAGGAACUCCCGCGUCAUCUCCUCUGAGUUCUUCCCCUGGGGGGACCAGUGAGGAGGGGAAGAGAGGGAGAGAGAGGGAGAGGGAGAGGGGAGUUGUUGAUAGGGGGGUUGACAAGACUAAACAGGAAACGAUAUGGAGGAAGUGAUGGUUGUGUCGGAGACUGUAUAAAACAAUCAAAUUACAAAACUUACACUUUAGUGUGAAAUCUCGUAACUGCCUGCUCACUAAAUUCAGAAAAUUAAUUGAAAUUCAGUUAAUUAAUUAGAAAACUCUCCAUAGAAUGACCAAUAAAGGCAUUACUAAAUGUAUGGAUUUUGUGAGCGGAAGGGUAAUUAUACCUGCUGCAGUACAGCUCCAGUGUAACAGUAACAGCCAAAGAGAGGCCUGCUGUCGGCUGUUCCCUGUCCCUCCCUCCCUCCCUCCCUCCUAGAGGCCUGUGGGACCGGGGGCAGCAGUAGCCCCACAUGAGGGCUGCUAACCGCACCUGUGUGUGAAGCAGGUGUGGGUCCCUCAGAAGCAAUGCUCUACUGUGUGUUUGCCCCUCUGCUCAAUUCUGACCUCACCGU